AUGACAGUGUCAAGCUUUUCAGAGGCAUGCGACGGAAACGUUGUGAGACUGUUUGUUAUAAGACAUGGUCAGACGGAUUAUAACAUUAGGCAAAUUAUGCAGGGCCAUAAGGAUAUAGAGUUAAACCAAACUGGUUUCGAACAAGCUACACUGUUAGGUAAAAGACUUGUUGAAGAUUCUCUUACAUUUGACUCAGUUGCUAGUAGUGAUUUGAUCAGAUGUAAACAGACUGUAGCUACUGCUUUAGCUACUUCGAACCAAAAUUUGCCAGUAACUUACUAUUAUGAGCUAAGAGAACGUUGUAUGGGGGUGAUUGAAGGUAUGCAGAUUGAUCAGGCUGAGAAGUUUGCUGUUGAACAAGGUAAGAAAUCCUUCAGAGAUUUUGGAGAGACUCCUCAAGAGUUUAUAGGCAGAUUUGCAACUUGUUUCGUUUCAGUAGCGGAACAAGCUGCUGCCAAUAAUCAUAAGAAUGUUGCCAUCUUUACGCAUGGUGGAUCUAUUAGAUCCUUACUGAGCUGGCUUCAUUAUAAUACUUCUUCCAAGAUUCCUAACACUUCCGUAACGGUGAUAGAUUAUCAUAAAGAUACCAAGCAGUUUGAAGUUAAAGUUGUUGCAGAUGAUAUGCAUCUGACAGGGGGAUCAGGAUCGAUGAGAUUCGUAGGAGAUUCAAGAGUUUUGUAA